AUGCAGGGUUAUAUUCCCUGGGCGACGAGGGAUUUCUACCAGGUGCUGGAUGAUUCUUUGGUCCCUGUGGUCACAGUUCAACCUGGUGAUCCUGUGACUCUGUCUUGUGCUUUUUCGGAAAAAUUUAAGAGCACCACUUGGCUUCACUGGUACAAACAGAGUACAGGAGAUACUUUGAAAUUAAUUGUGAUGCAGCAGAAAACCAUAACGCCAGUGUAUAAUCCGGACGUCUCGGACUCAAGAAUAAAAGCAACAAAUGACGACAAAUUCAGCAAUCUAACCAUCCUGAAGACAGUUCUACAAGAUGAAGGAAUGUAUCACUGUGCUCAUAUGGAUUGGACUAAAUCUACUUGGACCGGGACUUAUUUGUCAAUAAAAGGAAACUCCGGAAAGACAUCGAGCUACACUGUUUUUCAGAACCCAGUUUCUGAUCCCGUCCAUCCGGGGGACUCAGAGACUCUGCAUUGUUUGCUUUUCUCUGAGUCUGAGGACAAGGUGUGUUCAGGGGAGCUCAGUGUGUUCUGGUUCAGAGACGGAUCAAAACACUCCCUUCCAAAUAUCAUCUACACUAAUGAAAAAGUACAGCAAAAUUGUGAGGAUAUAUCUACAUUGAACGAUCAGAAGAAAUGUAGCUACAGCUUUUCUAGGAACUUCAGCUCCUCUGAAGUUGGGACGGUGUACUGCGCUGUGGCAACAUGUGGUGAGAUAUUAUUUGGAAGGGGAACUAACACAACUGCAGAUCAAUCACCAAGUUCUAAAGUUAAUGUGCUGAUAAUCAUAGUAAUCUGCUUUGCAAUUUCCAUGAUUGUAAACAUUGCUUUUAUCUGUCACCAUGCUCAAAGAUCACUGCGUAGAAACCUUAAAGCCUGGGUAAUGCUGCUCUGCUUCCACCUGUUCCUCUCCACCAAGGAGAGGGUAUACCAAUUAGAGCACCCUCUUCUUGGCUCUGCAGUUGCUCUGAAGUAA